AUGCAGACCAAGCCAGAGCAGCAGCUAGCUGAGGACGCGGUCCUAGAUUGUGACAUCUCUGAUCUCGAUCUAGAGGAUACAAAGGACGUGUCACAGAUUGACUCGGAGUCUGACGCCGAACGUGCGCCCCCCGAGUAUUCAUCGCAUCACAGCAGGCAGAGCGACGAGACGGACAGCUCGGACGGCACUUGGGACUCUGAUUGCUCGGACUCGAUGUAUUCUUACAGCGAGGAGUCCGACGCGUCCCGUGCGUCUGAUAACAGUAGUGAGUUUAGUGACACAGAUGAGGGCAGCGAUACCUCAGAUGCCAACGAAUAUGACGAUAGCAUGUUGCUCUAG